AUGUUUACCAAUAUUGCAAAUGAGAUGGAUGUGGACUACCAGUCUAUCAAUAUUCGCGACUUGACGGCGAACAGCCAUGCCGAGGAUAUCUCACUUGGGGAGUACUUCCGGCAAAAGGCACCAGAAGGAUUCGCUCUUGGGUUCUGGAAGGCUUGGAUUCAUGAUUUGACGGGGACUGACCCCGAUGAUAUUGGGCUGGUCUACUGGCUUGACUUCGUCAAAAGUGCGGGCGGGAUUGAAAGCCUUGGAACCAAACCAUCUCUCAACGCCUCGCAGAGCAACUCAGACCGGGCAACUCUCUCUGGCGAGGUCUUUCGUGCUCGCAAAGUCCUAAUCUCAGCGCCCACGCCUUUGUACCGGCACAUCAAGUUCUCGCCGCCUCUCCCAACAGAUAAGAAAGAGUACGUAGAGUCUGUUCAUCUGGGGCCUUUCUGCAAAUGCAUCUUGCUCUACUCAAGUCCCUGGUGGCGUCAAGUGGGAUUCAACGGCUCGUUUAUCGAUCUAUCAGGCCCAGUCGUGUUCUCGCGAGACGGAUCGUCUGACAAGGACAAGAUGUACGCCAUUUCAUGUCUCAUUGGUGGCAAGUAUGCUCGGAAGUGGUCGUGCCUACCUGUGUCUCGAAGAGUCAAGGCCGUCAAGGAUCAGUUAGCUUCCACGAUAGGUCCCGAGCAAGGAGAAAAGAUCUAUGAUACGAUCCAAACCAUCGAGAUGGCAUAG